AAAAGGAAACACAUAAUAAGAAAUAGUCAUAUUGAUAAAAAGAAGGGCAUGCAAAAUGGGUUUGUUGCUCUUGUUUCACGUAGUUCUUGUUGCUAUGGUUGCAAGUGUUCCAUGCACACAUGCAUGGGGAAAGGAUGGCCACUACAUGGUGUGUAAGGUUGCAGAGCAAUACUUGACAAGGAAAGCUUCAAGGGCUGUGAUGGAUCUUCUUCCAGAGGAAGCAGAAGGGGAGUUUGCCUCCGUUUGCUCGUGGGCCGACCAGGUCCGGUUUCGAUACCGGUGGGCCAGCCCACUUCACUACAUCAAUACCCCAGCUGGAGUCUGCAACUUUGAUUAUGAAAGGGAUUGCCACAAUUCCAAGGGUCAGCAACAUAUGUGUGUGGUUGGAGCAAUUAAUAAUUUCACCAUGCAGCUCCAAACUUACUACGAAGAUCCAUCGAGCGAAUAUAAUUUGCCAGAGAGUUUGAAGUUUCUUGCUCACUUCAUGGGAGACGUGCACCAGCCCAUGCACGUAGGGUUUGAUAAUGAUGAAGGUGGUAAUACCAUUGCAGUACACUGGUACAGAAGAAAGAGCAAUCUACAUCAUGUGUGGGAUGUAAAUAUUUUGGAAACCGCCAAGCGUAAAUUCUACGACAACGAUCUAACUUCGAUGAUCGACGCCAUUCGAACGAAUAUCACCGAUGAAUGGUCUGAUGAAGUAGAUGAAUGGAAGACUUGUCCUGAAAAAUCGAUGGCAUGCGCUGACGGGUAUGCUUCAGAGAGCAUACAACUAGCUUGCGAUUAUGCAUACAAGGACGUUGAUCAAGGUUCUACUUUAGAAGAUGAUUAUUUUCUCUCUCGCCUGCCGGUCAUCGAAAAGAGGAUUGCGCAAGCUGGCGUCAGACUGGCAACUUUACUGAAUCGAAUUUUCAGUAGAAAAGUAGCACAAUACAAGUGAAUAUAUCCCUAGUCGUGAAUCACAAACAAAUUAAGUUCAAUUCAUGUAAAUAGUAUACAAAAAGGAAGUGGCAAUGCUUGUUGUACAAAUAUUCAUUGUUUAGCAUACACAUAUCUUUCAAAUUGUAAGUAAUUAACUGUUUGUUAGCAAAGUCUUUUUUAGUCUUUAA